AUGGCUUCCCCUAGCGUUCUCACCUUUGACGCUGAGGGUCGGGCAGUGGACUUUGAGGUCUGGGUAGAUGAUCUGCAGCUUUUCCUGCAGGGUGAUAGGGCAGACGGCCUCUCCCUGUUUGACCUCACUUCUGGUGCCUCUCCCGCCCCUGCUGCUGAUGCUCACGCCACUGUUUGCUCACAGUGGGCCACACAUGACGCUGCUGCUCGCCUUGCUGUGCGCCGCCACUUGCCGACCACAGAGCGUGCACACUUUAGCCAGUACAAGAGUGCUCACACCUUGUACGACGCUUUCGUUGCACGCUACUCUUCCCCUGCUACUGCUGCACUGAGCCGCCUCAUGCUACCGUACCUCUUCCCUAACCUUGCUGCCUUUCCCACAGUCGCUGACCUUAUAACGCACCUCCGCACUAGUGACACUCGCUACCGCGCUGCGCUUCCUGCUGAGUUCUGCGCCAAGAACCCCACCCCCCAUCGGGUGACCCUGUUGGUUUUGAGUCGGUCGGCGCUGCGUCUGCCCCGAGCGGGAGACGCCGCACCGGCAAGGGCAAGGGGGGCAAGGGCACUCGAGGAGCUCGAGGGGGCGGUGGAGGUGGUGGUGGAGGCGGUGGAGGGAGUGGGAGUGGUGGUGAGAGUGGUGCCAGGGGUGGCGGCGGCGGCGGCAGCAGUGGAGGCGGCGGAGGCAGUGGAGGUGGCGGAGGGAGCGGAGGCGGCGGAGGUGGUGGAGGAGGCGGAGGUGGAGGAGGCGGCGGAGGCGGCGGAGGCAGCGGCGGGGAAGGCGGCGGCGGCGGACGCGGCGGCGGCGGAGGCGGCGGCGGCGGACGCGGCGGCAGCGGAGGUGGCGGCGGCGGAGCGGCGGUGGUGGAGCGAGUCGCGACUCUGCGCAAAGGAGUGGCGCCGGUGGUGGUCAGCGCCACCAGCAGCAGCGGAGUGGUGUGACCCUGUCCCCUCAGCAGCUUCGAGACUGUGCGGAGGCCCACACUCCACCCGGCGCCGCUUUGGUCGCCUCACAGACGCGUGGCGUCGCCAGUUCCCUAAGGCGUCAGAGAUCCCUCGCUGGGGAGAUCUGGCUAAGGCCGGGGUUGCUAUCUUUGAUCUUGACUUUGAUGCUAUUCUUGCUGCCAUGUAUGCAGUUGCUGAUAGUGUUGAGGGUGCCUAUUACCUGUGUGUACCGCCUGACCCGGGCAUUGAGGCUGCUGCGCUAGUUCUUGGUGAGGCUGCUGCUCUAGGUGCUAGUGCCUCUACAGCCCCAGGUGCCAAUGCGUCUACCGCCCCAGGUGCUGUUGAGUCUGCUCUCUUAGGUACUACGUCGGCUCAGGCCUUCCACACCUUCACCCUGGACUCGGGUGCGUCCCGCUCCUUCUUUCGAGACCGCACCACUCUUACGCCGCUGAGUCGGCCGGUUGCACUCUCCCUUGCAGACCCCUCUGGGGGUCCUGUCCUUGCUAGCUUCUCCACUGUCCUUCCGUGCCCUGCAGCCCUCUCUGGCACCCUGUCUGGUCUCUACCUCCCCUCGUUCUCUACAAACUUGGUGAGUGGAGCAGACCUACACGAUCAAGGGGUUGACCAGUUCACUCCUCCGAGUCAGCGAGUGACCCACUGCACGUGUGCUCGGACAGGCCGACACUUGGCCUCGUUCACCCGUAGGCCAGGGUCGAGCCUGUACACCCUUACUACUGAGUCUCCUCCUACUUCUGAGUCUGCCCAGGUAGCUGCGUCGAUUCAGGUGUUUGCUGCGGCAUCCAGGUCUGGUCCUAAAUCUGCCCCCUGCUCGUGUCGUCUGGUGUCCCACCAGACUCUCCUUUGGCACCACCGCCUUGGUCACCCCUCCUUGCCUCGUCUCCGAGGCAUGGCCUCCCGUGUCCUUGUCUCUUGUCUUCCUCGGUCUCUCCCUCCCCUUCCUCCGAAGCCUGGCCCUACCUGCGUCCCCUGCGUCGAGGGGCGACAGCGCGCCGCCCCUCACUCCUCCGAGUUUCCUUUGACAGAGGCUCUGCUGCAGACUCUACACAUGGACAUGUGGGGCCCAGCCCGCGUCAGUGGGCAGGGGAGAGAGCGGUACUUUCUGCUGGUCGUUGACGACUACUCGCGUUACACCACAGUCUUCCACUUGCGCAGCAAGGGUGACGUCACAGAGGUGUUGAUUGACUGA